AUGUUUAUUGUGAACACGGCUGUUGCCGACUGGUCUGUUGUCCUUGUCAUGUUGCCUUCCUCUCUGGUUGUUGACAUAACAGAUACGUGGCUGUUUGGAGGAGCUUUUUGCAAAAUCAGCAUCGCUAUCGAACCCGAAGAAUGGGCACUAGUUGUUGUUUAUGUUAUAACGUUUUUAGUCGGUGUUCUUGGGAAUAUUCUAGUCUGCUUUGCAGUUUGUAGAAACAAAGACUUGCAAACACAUACAAACAUAUUUAUUGUGAACUUGGCUGUUGCCGACUUGACUGUGAUCGUUGUCCUGUUGCCUUCGGCUCUGAGUGUUGACGUAACAGAUACGUGGCUGUUUGGAGGAGCAAUGUGUAAAAUCAGCAUCGCUAUCGGGACAAUGUGUAUUACCGUCUCCAUUCUGACACUGUGUGCGAUCUCAAUAGAAAGAUGGUACGCCAUAUGUCAGCCCUUUGGUUUCAAUAACAACAUCCAGAGGGCCCGCAUCACCAUUGCCGCCAUUUGGGCAGUCUCCAUUUGCGUGGCAUUGCCCGAGUUCCUAGCCUUCACCGUGAUACCGUAUCGCCCCGACACAAUUUUCAGGACAAUAUGUUACCCAGCCCUAUGGGAGAAGAAAACGAUGAUGAUCUUCCAGAUAUGCCAGUUGGUGUCACUCUAUUUCCUGCCCCUUGUCCUCAUCGCCUGCGUGUACACGCACAUAUCUGUCGUACUCUGGAUGACACGUAUCUCAGAUACACCAAAUAUUUACAUGAAUCCAGUAAACGAAUCAAGGCAACCUAAUGCGGAGAUUGGCAAUAGGUUGUUGAUACGAAGAAAGACAGUUAAGAUGCUGGUGAUGAUUGUUGUGGUGUUUGCCCUGUGUUUUCUGCCUAACCACACACUAAUAAUACUAAGAUAUAUGGAAAAGCUGAGGGGUAUUGCUAACUUGCGGAUGUUCGCUCUUAUCUCUCACUGGUGUACAUUUUUCAACAGCUGUAUCAAUCCCAUCAUCUACAGCUUCAUGAGCGGUAAAAAUUGA